CGCAUCAAUCAUGGCAAGAACACCAAUGAUCUUGCACCUUCUUCUCGUAACCCUUUUCAUCCUCUCCAGCAAAACAGCAUCCUCUUCAGCUUCCAGCGAUGUCGAUGCAUUCCUCGGCUGCCUCUCCGCGGCCAUUCCGCCUUCCCUCAUCAAGACCCCAGCAACCAACUCCUACUCUGAACUCCUGAUGUCCUCCGUCCGCAACCUCCGCUACGUCUUGCCGGGCACGACGAGGCCGUUCGUGAUCGUUGCGGCCACCGAGCCUGCUCAUGUACAGACCACCGUGGUCUGUGGCCGCCGGCAUAGCGUUCGCAUCCGCACUCGCAGCGGCGGCCACGACUACGAGGGCCUCUCCUACGCCUCCGUCGACCCCCACGAGCACUUCGCUGUGCUCGACCUCGGCGAGCUCCGCGCCAUCCACAUCGACGCGUCGAGAGCCGAGGCCUGGGUCGGGUCCGGCGCCACGCUCGGCGAGCUCUACUACGCCGCCGCCGCCGCCAACCAAACGUUCGGGUUCCCCGCGGGCAACUGCCCCACCGUCGGCGUCGGCGGCCACCUGAGCGGCGGCGGGUUCGGCGCCCUGUCGCGCAAGUACGGCCUCUCCGCCGACAACGUCCUCGACGCCGUCGUGGUAGACGCCGAGGGGAGGCUGCUGAACAGGAGCACCAUGGGGAAGGACCUCUUCUGGGCCAUCCGCGGCGGUGGCGGCGAGAGCUUCGGAGUCGUCCUGUCGUGGAAGGUGCGGCUGGUGGCCGUGCCGGAGACCGUCACCGUGUUCAGCAUCCGCCGGUCACGGAACCAGUCCGCCGUCGAUCUCAUAACCAAAUGGCAGGCGAUCGCGCCGGCCCUUCCCAGGGAUCUCUACCUCCGCGUGCUCGUGCAGAACCAGCAAGCGGCCUUCGUCGCCCUGUUCCUCGGCCGGUGCGACCGCCUCGUCGACACCAUGCGAGCUCACUUCCCUGACCUAGGAAUGGCGGAACGGGACUGCCAGGAGAUGAGCUGGGUCAAGUCCACCGUCUUCUUCUUCUUCAACACGGCCAACAUCCCAAACGAGGUGCUCCUGAACAGGAGCAACGCAGACUACUUCCUCAAGGUCAAGUCCGACCACGUGCAGGAACCCAUGCCAAGGCAGGCGUGGGAGAGCUUGUGGUCGAAGUGGCUCGAGAAGCCCGAGGCGGCGCUGGUCAUGCUCGACCCCUACGGCGGCGUCAUGGGCAGCAUCUCGCCGUCGGCGACGCCGUUCCCGCACCGGAACUACCUCUACCAGCUCCAGUUCUUCUCGUUCUGGUUCGAGAACGGGACGGCGGCGCUGGAGAAGAGGAUGAGCUGGGUCAGGGGAGUGUACGAGGAUCUGACGCCGUACGUGUCCAAGAACCCUAGAGCUGUGUACGUGAACUACAGGGACCUGGACCUAGGGACGAACGAGUUGGAGGGUGGUGUCACCAGCUACGCGAAGGCUAGGGUUUGGGGAGAGAAGUAUUUCAAAGGUAAUUUCAAGAGGUUGGCAGCCGUGAAGAGCAAGGUGGAUCCUUUCGAUUUCUUCCGGAACGAGCAGAGCAUCCCUCCUCUUCCUGCUAAAAAAUGGUAGAGCACCAUGCAUUUGGUGGAUGGAGAUCGAGGCCUUCUCGUCUCGUUGCAACGUGAAGUGUGCAGUGCUUGUGGAUGAUCGAUACCACGUGCCAAGGAAUUUCGUCUCUCUGUAAUUUCGUGUGUGUGCUACUACAUGUAUUAUUGUUUUCACAUUUAUUAUUUAAUUUCGUGGGUUGGAAAAAUUUGCCUCUGUGAAGUAACGUGUACCUUGUUGGCUUGUUGAAAAUGUACAUUGUCUAUUACUUGUCCAAACAUGAGCUCUGCAUAAA